AUUUGCUUCUAGGGUAGAGCCAAUAGGAAGGAACCAUGGCCUUUACAAUGCGCGCCCCUGCUCCCAGGGCUACGGCCCAGAGCCGCGUGACCGCCAACCGGGCAAGCCGUCGCGCUCUGGUGGUCAAGGCUCAAAAGGAUAAGACUGUUGUUAUCGGCCUUGCUGCGGAUUCUGGAUGCGGCAAGUCGACGUUCAUGCGUCGCAUGACAAGCAUUUUCGGCGGUGUUCCCAAGCCUCCUGCGGGCGGCAACCCCGACUCCAACACCCUCAUCAGCGACAUGACCACUGUCAUCUGCCUGGAUGACUAUCACUGCCUCGACCGCAACGGACGCAAGGUCAAGGGCGUCACUGCGCUGGCUCCCGAGGCGCAGAACUUUGACCUGAUGUACAACCAGGUCAAGGCGCUCAAGGAGGGCAAGCCCGUGGACAAGCCCAUCUACAACCACGUGACCGGCCUGAUCGACGCGCCGGAGACGAUCGACGCCCCCAACAUCCUGGUGAUUGAGGGCCUGCACCCCUUCUACGACCAGCGGGUCGCCUCGCUGCUUGACUUCAAGAUCUAUCUGGACAUCAGCGACGACAUCAAGUUCGCCUGGAAGAUCCAGCGUGACAUGGCGGAGCGCGGCCACAGCCUGGAGUCCAUCAAGGCGUCCAUCGCGGCGCGCAAGCCCGACUUCGAUGCCUACAUCGACCCCCAGAAGCAGGCUGCCGACAUGGUCAUUCAGGUGCUGCCCACGCAGCUGGUCCCCGACGACAAGGGCGAGUACCUGCGCGUGCGGCUGAUCCAGAAGGAGGGCAGCAAGAUGUUCGACCCCGUCUACCUCUUCGACGAGGGCUCCACCAUCAGCUGGAUCCCCUGCGGCCGCAAGCUCACCUGCUCCUUCCCGGGCAUCAAGAUGUACUACGGCCCCGACACCUGGUACGGCCAGGAGGUGAGCGUGCUUGAGAUGGACGGCCAGUUUGACAAGCUGGAGGAGCUGAUCUACGUGGAGAGCCACCUGAGCAACACCAGCGCCAAGUUCUACGGUGAGAUCACGCAGCAAAUGCUCAAGAACAGCGGCUUCCCGGGCAGCAACAACGGCACGGGGCUGUUUCAAACCAUCGUGGGCUUGAAGGUGCGCGAGGUGUACGAGCGGAUCGUCAAGAAGGACAUCGUGCCGGUGUAAGCUGGUGGUGGUGAGGAGGAGGUGGUGGCGGCACCUGGGCGAGGGGACUAGGUGCUGACGUGCCUGCGUAACCGUGAGGAGGAAGAGCAGGAGGAAGAAGAAAGGAGAAGAAUGGCGCACGGAGAAUGAAGCAAGAGGGGCGGAGAGGUCUCAGCAGCGUUGCGUUUCUGCAUGGGAUGGUUAGCAGCAGAAGAGAGGCGUGGGCAGGCGGGGUUGCGUGCUCAGGGAGAGCGCGUUGGGUGUAGAGGAAGGGGUGCGGGUGAGGUGGUCAGGGAACGCACAACGGCUUCUUUUGGGAUUUGCAUGUAUGGCAAAGACCAAAUAAUGGUGGUGGCCGCAGGCGUUCCUGAUCCUUGCAUAUGGCGGUGCUCCCAGCAAUGCAGCGGAUGUUUGCAUUGCAUGCGAGGGUGGUCGUGCUAUAGCUGGUGACCGUAGCAGCAACUCAUAUAUUCUCCCGCGUCUUUGGCGGGCUAUUAUUCGUCCCCAAGCCGACAGGCGCGGAAGCACAGUACCAGAAGAGUGGUGUGCGUUGCUUAUAACAUGGAGAAGAGAACAGGAGGUGUACCAUCAUCCCAAACGAGGGUAUUAUGACAGGGUAAAGGGUGGCAUGUAUGCGGCUGGCACCGUGUUAUGGUGACCAGUUGCGGUGGCCGUUUGAGGCCCCAUUGUGACCGUACGGCGAUUGUUGUACCUGCCAACGGUGUCGUAUGAGCCCUCCUCCGGGCAUGUGAAGAUUCAGCGGUUGUCAUGUUGUUGUGUAGUUUGUGAGAAGAGGGUCUCAUUUAAAGUAUUUCACCGCGGUUGUGUUGUGUUGAGGUUGGGCCUCGACCUAUCCAUACACCUGUGCUGCUGCUCGGUCAUUUUUGGUGUUGGGUGUUGCGGACCAGUUUUGUGCGUGUGUAGGAGAGCAGAGUGAGUGAACCAAUCAAUCGCAUGCAAUGAUUUCCUCGCUUUAUACACUACUCAAUCCAAUCCAAUAACUGGAUUGGAUGCUGUACAUUUUUCGGAUUUUGUUGAGUCACAUGAACA